AUGACACCUGGUGAAGAAAGAAUGCGAUUUAUCAGUAAAGCACUACAAUUACUUCAAAAACAAAAAGAUCUCUUGGCUAGUUUCAAUGGUUAUUUAGCUCGUGUAUUAUGGCAAGAAGGAUCAUUUAGUGAGGCAAGACUACGCAUUAUGCUAUCAUCGAAUGGUUAUGCAGCUGGUAGUUUUCUUGUCGCCUUACACCAACGCUAUGGAUUACGAUCAGAGAUUGAUUUGUUCAUUGCACAAGCUGUUCUCCAAUUUCUUUGCAUGAAACAGACCACUGUGGCUAUAAUUACAUUUUAUACCUAUACAAGAGGACAUCCUCGAUUAGAGCCGGGGCCACCGUUUACACACUUUCCAUUACUUAAUUUUCUAUGGUUUCUUAUGUUAGCUAUUGAAAAAAAGUGUAGUCUAGCAGUGUUUUCUGUCUUGUGUGAAAAAUACAGUCCACAGUUGAAUAGAGAUUCAUCGUAUGUAAAGUAUUUAGAUAAAAUUGGCCAGUUAUAUUUUGGUGUAAAACCGCCAACCAAUGAAAUGAAUAAUUUUUUCUCACGAAUUAUGCAAAUGUUUAAUGAUGGUGGUGAUAGACUAGACGAUUCAAUGCUAAAUGAAGGGUCAAGUUGUUAUGCUGCAUUAAAUAAUAUCAAUGAUGUCAAUUCAUCACCGGAUGAAAUGUGUUUUGAAGAUGUGGAUUAA